CGCUUCGUUCCUCCACCAUCUCUCCUCCGUUCUCUCAACUUCACCCGCUCUGUCUUCCUGCCCUCGAAAAGAAUCAUGGCCGACGUUGCUACUUCGUACCCGGACCCCGUCCACAUCGCCGUCAUUGGCGGCACCGGCCUGCAGUCGCUCCCUAACUUCACGCUCGCCGCGACUCUCAAUGUCAGCACUCCCUGGGGCAUCCCGUCGUCGCCCAUCUCGAUCCUGCACCACCCGUCCCCCACAACGGGCAAGCCGAUCCCGAUCGCCUUCCUCUCGCGUCACGGCCUAAACCACGAAUUGGCUCCUCACGAGGUCCCGAGCCAGGCCAACAUUGCCGCUCUGCGCAGCAUUGGCGUGCGCACCAUCAUCGCAUUCAGCGCCGUCGGCAGUCUGAGGGAGGAGGUGCGGCCGCGCGACUUCGUCGUCCCGGACCAAAUCAUCGACCGCACCAAGGGCAUCCGGCCCUUCACCUUCUUCGAGGGUGGCAUGGUCGGUCACGUUGGCUUCGGCGACCCCUUCGACGAGGGUCUUGCCAAGGUUGUGCGCAAGUGCGGCCACAGUCUCGAGGGCGAGGGCGUCACGCUGCACGACAAGGGCACGCUGGUUGUCAUGGAGGGUCCUCAGUUCUCAACCCGCGCCGAGUCCAACCUGUACCGCAGCUGGGGUGGCAGUGUCAUCAACAUGUCGGCGCUGCCCGAGGCCAAGCUGGCGCGCGAGGCUGAAAUUGGCUACCAGAUGAUCUGCAUGGCCACCGACUACGACUGCUGGCACACGACCGAGGACGUCAACGUCGAGAUGGUCAUGGGCCACAUGAAGGCCAACAGCGAGAACGCGCGCCGUUUCAUCGGUGCCGUCCUUGAUGCCCUGUCCGCCCAGGAGCACAGUGAUCUCGUCUCUGCGAAGCACCUCGAGGGCCAGAUGAAGUUCGCCGGCGGUAUCACCAAGCCCGAGGGCCGCAAGAAGGAGGCGCUGGACAAGCUGAGCUGGCUCUUCCCCGGCUACUUCCAGUAAGCGGGACAAGAUACAAAGUGGCGGAGAGAGUUGGAUGCACAGGUAUGCUGGUUCAUUGUCUGCAAGAGAUGGCUGAGAUGAGUCACUGUUCAUAGAGCAUAGACGGUGCGUGUCGAUAUCCCAUACACAGUACAUAGAGUAAGUGCGCGACGACUGCAAAGAGCAAGAAAGUUUGAAAUCUAGAGACCGUUACAUCAACUUCCUAAUCUUACCCCUAUGUCGUCU